CAUCGAGCAAGGAAGGUACAAGGACCAAAAUGCUGAGACAACAAGUCGAUUUGACACUUGGAGAUCAAGGUGUCAGACUGGUCAAUGGUUUGGACGCCUGCUUUGGAACAGUUGAAGUCUUUUACAAUGACACAUGGGGAACAGUGUGUGAUGUCUUCUGGGACAUUGAUGAUGCCGCUGUUGUGUGUCGACAGUUGGGAUGUGGAAGAGCAGUUAGUGCACAUAACCAGGCUCUAUUUGGGAAAGGAAGCGGUCAGAUCUUGUUAAGUGAGGUUAAUUGUAAAGGAAGUGAGUCAUAUAUCACACAUUGCCCACACCCGCAAAAAGGAUCCAAUGAUUGUUCUCACAGUAAAGAUGCUGGAGUUGUGUGUUCAGCUUCUCUAAUUGUUGUCAUGGGUGCUGUGCUAGCAGCAGCAGUGCUCUUACUGUCUACACUGUUAAUUAUAUUCUUGGUGAGGAGAAGAAAAAAGCAAAAGAUGAAAGAAAACCAGACAUUCUCCUUUUCUAGAGAUGCUGUUAAUAGGAAUGAAGAUUUAUCCCUUGAGGACAGAUAUGAAGAGAAUGAUGAGGAUGACUAUGAGAAAAUAGAUAUUGAAGAGGGACACUCUGAACAAGAUGUCAAUAUGGAUGAUGAUGACAAUGGCGACUCUAAACAGGACUAUGUCAAUGUGGACACAGAUCAUACUGAACAGGACUAUGUCAAUGUGGACACAGAUCAUACUGAACAGGACUAUGUCAAUGUGGACACGAAUGACACUGAACAGGACUAUGUCAAUGUGGACACAGAUAACACUGAACAGGACUAUGUCAAUGUGAAUAUUACAUGAUAGAAGUACAGUGGAUAAUAACUGAGGAUUUAUGAAAGUUCUUUUGAUGAAAAAUGUAAUAGCUAUUGAUAGAUACUGGGUAGGGAUAAGGAAUGAGUGGCAACCUCUUCUCUGCUGCUGGAUACCAAAUAAACACUGUUAUGGAAAGCCAGAUUAUCUUUUAAUAAUUCCAGCAUCACUCAUCAUAAUACAUUUUUUCUAGUAAUAAUUGCCAUUAAAGAGCUCUCAAAUUGGAAUACUUACUAGUAAAAAAUUCAAUUACAGAGCUCUCUUAUUUAAUUUUUACUAGUAAGAUUGUCAAUUACAGAUCUCUCUUAUUGAAUUACAUACAUCACUUAAAGCGUGAUUACGUCACUCAAGGCCAGCUAGAAGGCCUCGACUG